AGAGUUUAAAAGUAGCUAAAUGUCGACUGUUAAGACUUUCAGGUAACAGGUACUGCUGAAAUAUUUUGUUAGGACAUUUUCUGAAUCUUAAAAAGUAAAGAUUUCACUAGUUUAGGAAGCCACAUACAGAAAACGUCACAACAUUUAGAAAGUUUUUAAUAUUAGCUUGGCUGUUCUUGUUAUAAAAAAAUAAAAGGGAGGAAUGCGCUAACUUGUUCGUGUUGCAGCGUGAAGAAACUUUCCUACAACAUGGCAGUGCCUUUUUCAAACACUCACCUGCGGGUCCCUCGAGGCUUCGGUGCCGUUUUAGAAGGUCUGGCCCGGGAGGUCCUGCGAGACCAGCCCGACGACAUCCCUGCGUACGCUGCGAAAUAUUUCGACGCUCUUCUCAAAAAACGAGACGAGAGUGGCACAGACCCUGCUGAGUGGGCUGCCAGACUUGAAGACAGGUUCUACAACAACCAUGCAUUUACCACAGAGACUUGUCCUGAAAAUGAAUCAGCAUCAGAAGUGACCAUUUUCAGAGAAAAGUCCCAUGAGCCUCAAACUGAAGAUGAAUCCAGUCACUCAGCAGUAAUUUCAGCUCUUUCCACGACACAACCAGAUCCCUCAGAGAAGGAGGAUUCAACUGGAGGCACAGAUGAGGAAGAAAGUAUUCCUCCAUUCCUGUCAAAGCCCACUGCGUUGAUGCCAUUGAAAGAAAUUCACAGUGCAGAAAUGGUCUUCCAUGAGUCUGAAGAUGACAGAGUUGAUAAACAAGGAGGAGAGAGCAAAAUGGUAGACUCAGAGGAAGAAAAUACAGAAGACGCAGUGGAGAUUGUUCCAUAUCCUGGUCCACCUAAUAUGGAUGUUGGUGCUGCAGAGCUUGGAGGAACUGAGAAAAUACAAGUGAGAUGUUCUUCUCAAGAUAUUAGAAAUAUUGAUGAAGAAAAAUUCUUAAACCCUGAAGUUGAAGCUGAGUUGUCUCAUGAAAUCGGGCGGGGGAGCCAACAAGAAACUGAGGAUCAAGCCCAAAACAUUAAUGAGGGGGAAAGAAUGGAGGCUGAUGCUUCAGAUGACAAAUCUUUGGUUGAGAUUAGCUUUGAAGAUGUUCCAGAGACUCAAGUUAUUGGAGAAGUUGGAGAGGAAAAGCUUAUGGAAGAAGCUUCAGUGGAGAUCUUUCAGAAUACUGAAUUAGAAAUGGAACAAAAAGCACAGUCCUUGGAGCUUACUGCAGAUUCAGCAGAAGCUCAAUUCAAACUUGAAAUAGAAGUAAUCAAGAAUGAUUUUAUUCCAGAAGAGCAGGACAUUGAGAGUCAUCUGGCAGAAUUUGAUGUGACAAAAGAGAAUCUGGACACAAUUGACUCUGAUACACAUGCCAUUGAUGAUGGUGAGAUGGAAGAAGGUGCUAAAAGCAUCAGCUCAUCAGAUCAGCCCACCAAUGACGCAGAAAAGGAAAUUAAAGACAGUGAAACGGAUCGUAAGGAUGCAGAGGAUAUUUUUGGAUUUGAUCAAAAUCAAGAAUCUAAAAAUGAAAAACACCCAAAUGACCCUGAUUACGAACAAGAUGUGACAUCUGACGUGGGUGGUGAAGAAGACAUAUGUGCAGAUGAUAACGGUGAGACUAAAGAUCCCAAAACUAAUGAUGGCAAAGUGGAACAGAGUCCGUCAUACGCAACUAAGUCAAAUGUAUCAAUGACUGGAACAGAAGAAGAAACUGUAGAAAGGGAACAAGGUACAAGAACAGCUGUGGACUCGUAUCAGGAAAAUAAUUCAGAAGAAAAAGAGAAAUACAAGAGAAAAAUGUCGGAUUCAGAGGUGCAAGAAAACAGUGAAGAAAUGAAGAAAGAAGAGACUGUCAGCCUCACUCAUAGUGCUGUUUGGACAGCUGCUGAGCAUGAAGAGGAACAGGAGAAGGAGCCAGAUGAGUGUGAGGAGGAUGCCACAGCCUCUGCAAACAAGAGUGACAAGGAGGAGUGCAGCCGACCUCAGGAGGAAGAGGACAUCAUGGACAUCCCGCUGGAUGACCCUGAGGCUAAUAGGGCUGCUGCCAAGAUCCAGGCGGGCUUUCGUGGCCAUAUGACCCGUAAGAAGAUGAAGCCAGAGGACAAAGCUGAGGGGGAGGAGGUGAGCAGCACUGGGGAUGUGCUCAACAGCAGCCACGGGGUGUCAGAGGCAGGAAGAUCGGGGGCAGUAGAGAGAGACGACACAUCUGUGCCGGAACAGUGACGCCCCUGUCCUGACCUGGAUGGAAAGAAGGAGGAGGAGAGUGAAGGUAGUGGGAGAAGGUUGGCGUAAGCUGGCGGAGCUGGCUAUCAGGCACACCUUUUUAACCCCCCGCCCUGCCCGUCAGAAGUCAUCUUCUUUAUUUUUUAACACAAAUUAGCGGUAGAAAAAUGAACAGUUUUGAGGGUGUGUAAUGUGAAUUUUGUGAACUUUAACACUCCCUCUCUGCUUCUUCAGCAGCCUCAUCAGUGCGGAUGUCUUUGACCCAGAAUUUGCAACUCACUGCAUGUACUUGUGAAACUUCUGGUACUGUGCUAGUUUUUAGACGAAGAUCUGUGAAUGUGUAAAUGAAUGUCCUCUAAAUGCAAAACAGGGCUUAUUUUGAGAUGGAUCAGCGCAUAUACUCUGUGUGUACACCUUGAAUGCGUCACUUUUGGUGAUUAGUGGCUUGCGUUACGUGUUGUUCUUGCCGUGUUUUCUGACCUGCCUGUAAUUCAACAGUUAUUGGUCUUGCUCAUAAAAUGAUUAAAACUUACAAAUCACCAAAAGAAAACUAGCUAUGUAUGUUCUAUUUGUUAUAUUUAUCUCUCCGAUCACAUCAGUCUUUUCACAGUUCCAAGCAUUUUCUAUAAAUCUGAUCUUCCAGAACAGUGAGCAUGCAGUUAUCAGAUGCAUUUGGGUACAGCUUUAUCUUAACGAGAUAUCCGUUCAAUAUGCUCGUUUUUUAAUUGAUUUUUUUUGUGUCGGUGAGUUAAACUUGUAUUUGAAAACAGUUGUAAAAGCUUUCAGAGCCUUUAAAAGUAACAUAUUAGUACCUGAAUACUGGUGUAGAGUCAUGGCAUUACACUAAUAAAUCCACUCCAAAUGAACAGUGAAA